UUAAAAUAUUGUGUCUGCCUGCUAAUUUUUAUUUCUAUUUUUAAAACUGCAGCAAACAUAGCUGGCUAAUAUCCCAUCAUGUCUGCUGAAGCUGAAACCACUACUACCAACACCCAGCCUGAGCAGCAGGCUCCACCAAAGGCACAAUCAUCAAAGAAGGAAAAAAAGAAAGGGCCGGAAAAGACAGAUGAAUCUCUCUUGGCUAGAUUCAAAGGUGAUGGUGUAAGAUACAAAGCUAAACUGAUUGGCAUUGAUGAUGUCCCAGAGGCAAGAGGAGACAAAAUGAGUCAGGACUCAAUGAUGAAGCUGAAGGGAAUGGCAGUGGCAGCCCGGUCCCAGGGUCAACACAAACAGAAGAUCGGGGUAAACAUCUCCCUCUCUGGUAUCAAGAUAAUAGAUGAGAAAACUGGGGUCAUAGAGCAUGAGCAUCCAGUAAACAAAAUCUCCUUUAUUGCUCGGGAUGUAACAGACAGUCGUGCCUUUGGCUAUAUAUGUGGAGGAGAAGGCCAGCACCAAUUUUUUGCCAUAAAAACCACCCAACAGGCUGAGCCUCUAGUUGUUGAUCUUAAGGACCUCUUCCAGCUAAUAUAUAAUAUGAAGAAGAAGGAAGAAGAAAAGGAAAAGAAAAAGAAUGGUGGUGAAGCAGUACCAGUUGAUCAAGCUGAUAAAAUGAAACUGGGAGUUGACCAGAUGGACUUGUUUGGGGCUAUGUCAACACCUCCCGAUAUGAGCAGUGCCACAGAAGCUAAAGAGAUUCUGUUAGUGGAUCUUAAUUCUGAAAUUGAGACCAAACAGACUUUUACAAAAGAUGAUUGCUUCCUGAAUGGCAUCACAGCCUCUCUUCCGCAACCAAAACCACAGCCACCCUUCUUGCCUGAGAGUUCUUUCUCUACCAAUCUCAGCUUCUUUCCCACACCUAAUCCAGACCCUUUCAGUGAUGAUCCUUUCACACAGCCAGACCAAUCUGCACCACCUUCAUCUGAUUCUCUAAAACCUGAUCAGAAGAAGAAAAAUACGAAUACCUUGACAUCGGAGGGUAAUGGUGCUCCAAAUGGCGAUAGUGACCUCUUUGGUAAACAGUUUGACCAGAUUUCUAAUAGAACUGGCAAACGAGAAGCACUAACAAGCCAGUGGCCACUUGAGAGUAAGCUGCCUGCAGCAAGAACUCCAAAUGGGGUACCACAGAGAGAACACAAUGGCUUUCUUAAAGCCCCAUCAAACCUGUUUGUGGAAGGUCCUUCCAAAGGAGUAUCUCUGCAGAAUGAAGUAAAGCUGGAUUCUGAAUACCAUAUCCAAUUCAUGACAAAUGAGUCUAUAACAAUUAGCCCACCACCACAGAGUACCAAGCCAGGAAGAGGAAGGAGGUCUCUCAAGGCUGCAUCAAAUGACUUAUUCAGCUCAGCCUUCUUUGUGCCAGCUAUGGAGAGCCUUAGCUUGACCUCAGUGGCACAAACAGGACCUGUGUCAACUAGUCCACUGGAUGUCUUCAAAACAAGUCCUGCUACAGCACCUCCAUUGGCUGGUCUAGGUGGCUUGUCAGUAUCUUCAUCACCAUGGAAUGUACAGACACUUAGCUUCACUCAGGCUGCAUCAGUCUUUCCUGGGUCCGUGGUACCUGCUCAGUCUACGGGAUUUACUCAACCACUUGCCUUUGGUACUCAAGCAGUGCCAAACUGGAAACCACCUGCAUCUUUUGGUCCAGCAGCCACUCAGUCUUCUGGUCUCUGGUCACAGCCAGCACAAGUUCCAUCUAGUCCGUGGGCACAGCCAACCGGUGCUGUAAAUCCCUUCCAGAGUACCGUGUUCCCACCUUCAACACUACCUGGUCAGACGUCGUCUGUACUGCCCUCCAUGCCAGCAUCAACUAGCCCACCUCAGCCACCACCCAGAACUAUGCAACAGAAGGAGCUAUCCAAGAAAGAGAGUGAUGCUUUCAUUGCCCUGGAUCCACUUGGUGAUAAAGAGAUGAAGGAUAUCAAGGAAAUGUUCAGAGACUUCCAGCUGACAAAGCCACCUGCAGUACCAGCAAGGAAAGGAGAGCAGCAAAGCCUUACAGAACCACCAAAGCCUGUUCCUCGACAAAGUGUGCCGCCAGCUGAUGACCUGUUUCAAAAUCAAGCUAAAACAGACCAUUCCAGUGCCUCAUCUAAGGAAUCUCAGAAACUACCUUCUGCUCCUCUUGGUGAUCCUUUUGGCAACCCAUUUGCAUAG